AAUGUGCGGGUUUACUUCCGCGUUUUGAGCCACUCGCCACUACUUCCGCAUCACGUGACUCGUGCUGCUGGACAAAACAACAACGACAACAAUGCGAGACGCCCCGGAGGAAUUCGUCGCGCUCAUUUCAGACCUUGAAACGUUCCUCUGUGAAGGCCUGAAAGGGGAAAAUCUGAGUAAGAAGGCGAAAGAUAAGAGGGAAGCCUUCAUUAAACGGAUUAAAGAGGUCAAAUUAGGUUUUCCACAUGAUUUCAAGGAAAAAAGCGGCGAGGACUCUGACGAUGAGGAGGAGGUGGACAGCAGCAACAACGACGGAGCCUCGCUGCAGUCUGAGCGCACUGACAAGGAGGAGGACACCUAUGAGGGUUCCCAGCUAUCUCCACCGAUAGCAGCACAAGAUCUGCAGUCUAUUCUCAUGUCAGGAUACCUGGAGAAACGCAGGAAGGAUCACAGUUUUUUCGGCCAGGAGUGGCAGAAGAGAUGGUGCGCUCUAAGCUAUCGCACCUUCUAUUAUUAUGGCCAUGAGAAAGACAAGCAGCAGAAAGGCGAAUUCAACAUCGAUGGCUACAAUGUCAAAAUGAACAACAGCUUACGGAAAGACUCCAAGAAAGACUUUUGUUUUGAAGUCUCAGCUCCAGACAAGCGAGACUAUCAGUUCUGUGCGUCAUUGGCGAAAGAGGCAAAGGAAUGGGUGAAAUGGAUAGACUUUGUUUUGAAAGAUAAGUCUGGUAUCAUCCAAGAAGAAGAAGAGGAGGAGGAAGAGGUGGAGAAGGCGGAGGAACAGCUAAUGUACGAUGAUGUGGGACUUGGACCGGAUACAGACAUCUAUGAGGUGCUCCCAGACACCAGCACAGACUACCAGAACUACUACCAGGGCUUAUGGGACUGUGUAGUUGACCACCCAGAUGAACUCUCCUUCCAGCGUGGAGACACCAUUUAUAUACUGAGCAAGGAGUACCAGAGCUACGGUUGGUGGGUUGGAGAGAAAGAUGGAAAUAUCGGAAUCGUGCCCAGAGACUACCUGCUGGAGCUCUACGCUUUAUAAAUACAUCACUGAACCAACCCCUGCUCUUCUUCCUCAUUCUCGGGCGAGAGGCGAUUUCUCAGAUACUCCUCAAUCAGUUCAGGACAGUCCAGGUUGUCCUCAGGCUCCCAUGUGUUGUCUGCACUGAAGCCAAGAUGGACAAAAGACAGAUGAGUGCAUUUACUCCAGUGAUGCUACUUAAGGAACAUGGAACUUGAACAUUUCUUAAGGAAUUGCAUGAGUGCUGUAUUGAAAUAUCAAUAAGAGUGUCAUUAUCAAAGCAAUACACACACCCUUUGUGUUGUGAUAAAUAAUGUGAAGAAUGCACUUUUUCCCUACUUUUGACCAUGUGCAUUUAACACUUUUUGGGCAUCCAGCCAGGUAUUAAAUAUAAUUUGGUAUGUCA